AUGUAUAAAGAGUUGGAUAUGCAAACAGAACAAGAUGUAACAGCUGAAUUAACUAAUCACAAUAUUAAAAAUAAUAGCAAGCGAUUGCAAACAUUCAUUGAUACCUUUGCUCAAUUUAUCAAUCCAUUUGACGCUAAAGUACCUCAAAAUCUGUUAAUAAAUAUUUCAUCUGGUAAAGCAGCCUCAGAACCUGUUGAACAAUUCCUACUUAACAUUGAAAGAAAUGGUGAGAUUGAACGUAAAAAAUUUAUCGCAGAAUGUGAGCAAGAUGACGAGAUAGUACCAUUUAUUGGCAACAAAAACAUUGUUGUUAAUUUCAAGAAUUGUCACUCUUUUUCCGUCAUAAAUAAUGCAGUAGUAUCUUCUAUUGAUGAAAAUUUAAGUUGCCCUGAACAUGAGGAAGCUGACACUAAGAUUAUCCACCAUAUCUGCAAUUUUGUUGAUCAAGCUAAUUUUGUUAUUCAGUGUUCUGACACCGAUAUUGCAGUAAUUAUGCUGGGCAAUAUGCAUCAUUUAAAAAAUGAUGACUCCCAUGUGUGGAUAUUGACUGGCACUGGAAAUAAAGUUAGAUACAUUGAUAUCACUGAGAUUUAUAAACAUUUAGGACCUACAUUAAGCCGUUGCUUGCCAGGAUUUUACGCAAUAACUGGUUGUGAUUACAAUCCAGCUUUUUUUAGAAAAGGCAAGCAAAGGCCAUUUAAUGUAUUGAAAAAAAAAGUAGAGUACCAGAUAGCAUUUAUGAAACUCGGCGAUGUAGACUUAUUCAGUGACUUAGAACUGGAGCAAAAUGUGUUCAACACUAUACAAAAAAUUAUUUGUGAACUGUACAACGUGGCCGGAAUAAUUGACGUAGAUGCUGCCCGACUCCAACUCUUCAUCAACACUUAUAUGGUUUGUGACGUAAAUGAAGAGUUCAAUCGUAAAAAUGUGAAAAACUUUGAUGCUAGUAACUUACCACCAUGCAAAAGUGAGCUUUCACAGCAGUUUCGACGAGCUAAUUAUAUCACUAGUCUCUGGAAGAAUGCUCAUAUGAAGAAAAUUAGUAUUUUUAGUCCUGACAAUAAUGGGUGGACGUUGAAAGAUAAUAAAUAUCAUUUUAACUGGUUCGAUGGGGACCAAUUACCGAGCUUUGUCAUUGAAUCGCUUCAAGAAGAAUCAGAAAAUGAAAGUAAUAUGGAUGAUAAUGAAGAUAGUCAAUGCCAACAUUGGGUUGAACUUAUCAAACUUAGACGA